AUGGACUCAACUUUGGAAUAUUAUUUUGAUUUUCUGUCACAGCCCUCCAGGGCUUUGUAUAUUUUACUAAAAGCAAGUGGUACGAAGUUUGAGGCGAAACCCAUCAACUUGCUGGAAGCUGAAAACCUACAAGACGAUUACAAAAAAAUCAAUCGUUUCAAAAAAGUACCAGCCAUAAUCGACAAAGAAGACGACCAAGUAUUUCAAUUAUCCGAAAGUAUUGCCAUUCUACGUUACUUAGCGGCUAAAGAUCAAAUUUCCAUUGCUUUUUAUCCCAUUGAUUUACAUGAAAGGGCACGAGUAGAUGAAUUUUUAUCAUGGCAACAUACGGGUAUUCGUACUUCAUGUUCCCUCUAUUUUCGUUUUCAAUGGGUCCAGGAGAAGGCAUUUGGUUCGCCUGCCUCAGAAGCUAAAGUGGCAAAAUAUCGCAAAUUAAUGGAAAAGGAUUUAGAACUGAUGGAAAAUCUAUGGUUAAAAGAUACGGAAUAUUUAGCUGGUAAUAAAUUGACUGCAGCAGAUGUUUUUGGUGCAUGCGAAAUUGAACAAAUAAGAUGUUGCGGUUAUGAAAUUAAAAACAAAUAUCCCAAAAUAUACUCGUGGAUCGAAAGGGUACGCCAUGAGCUGCAUCCGUUUUUCAACGAAGCUCAUCGAAUGGUCUACAUGUAUGAAAAGGAAACUAAAUCGAAAUUGUAA